AUGUCGUCAACACCGUCGAGAUCGGGGUCAGCCUCGGCAGCAUCCUCGCACAACGCGAUCAAGCGGCUGUCGAAGGAGCUCGCGGUCUGGAAGAAGGAGUCGGCGACGGAGACGGGGAUCGAGCGGCUGGAGCCCGUCAGCGAUGAUGAGAUGCUCCACUGGGAGGCCGUGAUUAACGGACGGGGUAUAGGCUGUGGUUACGAUGAAGGCCGCUGGCUCCUCGACAUCGCGAUCCCGCCCACCUACCCCCUGCAGCCGCCCAAGAUGUCCUUCCGCACGCCCAUCGUGCACGCGAACGUCGCGCUGCGCGGCGGCGACAUCUGCUUGGACCUGCUGAAGGAGGCGUGGACCCCCGCGUACAGCGUGCUCGAGUGCGUGCGCGCCGUGCGCAUGCUGCUCUCGUGCCCCGAGACCGACAGCCCGCUGAACGUGGACGUGGCGGCGCUGCUGAGGGGCGGGGAUGCGCUGGGCGCGAGGAGGCUGGUGGAGUUUUGGUGCCAGGAUGAGGGCGGCAGGUAUGAGGGGCGGUGA